CACAGCCAUCUAGUCCCAAACAAGAUACCCUUAACCAUCUCUCUCUUUCUCUCUAGCUACUACUGCUUCUGUUCGAAAACAGAGCUCACAAGAAAGAAAGAAAAAAGAGGAAACAAAAGGAAGAGAAGAUGGGUAUAAUGAUGAUGAUGUUUGGUCUUCUUAUGAUCAUUGUAUGCAUCUGCUCCGCUCUUCUCCGAUGGAACCAGAUGCGAUAUUCCAAGAAAGGCCUUCCUCCUGGUACCAUGGGCUGGCCAAUUUUUGGUGAAACCACUGAGUUUCUCAAACAAGGACCAAGUUUCAUGAAGAACCAGAGACUCAGAUACGGGAGUUUCUUCAAAUCUCACAUUCUUGGCUGCCCUACAAUAGUCUCAAUGGACGCAGAACUCAACAGAUACAUUCUAAUGAACGAGUCGAAAGGACUAGUCUCUGGCUACCCACAAUCUAUGCUUGAUAUCCUCGGGACAAGCAACAUCGCUGCGGUUCACGGACCGAGCCACCGGCUCAUGAGAGGCUCACUGAUCUCUCUAACAAGCCCGGCUAUGAUGAAAGAACAUCUCUUGCCUAAGAUUGAUGCAUUCAUGAGAAGUUAUCUUUCUGGUUGGGAUGCGUUCGAAACCGUUGAUAUCCAAGAAAAGACCAAACAUAUGACAUUUUUAUCAUCGUUGUUACAAAUAGCAGAGACUUUGGAAAAACCAGAGGUUGAAGAAUAUAGAACUGAGUUCUUCAAGCUUGUUGAGGGAACUCUUUCGGUCCCAAUCGACCUCCCAGGAACGCAAUAUCGUUGUGGAAUCCAAGCAAGAAACAAUUUCGAUAGGUUAUUGACAAAGCUGAUGCGAAAACGAAGAGAGUCAGGAGAAACUUAUACAGAUAUGUUGGGUUACUUGAUGAAGAAGGAAGAUAACCGAUACUUGUUAACUGAUAAGGAGAUAAGAGAUCAAGUAUUAACGAUCUUGUAUUCGGGUUAUGAGACUGUCUCUGUAACUUCCAUGAUGGCUCUUAAGUAUCUCCAUGAUCACCCUAAAGCUCUUGAAGAACUUAGAAAAGAACAUUUGGCUGUAAGAGACAGAAAACGACCUGACGAACCGCUUAAUCUCGACGACAUUAAGUCCAUGAAAUUCACACGAGCUGUGAUCUUUGAGACAUCAAGAUUGGCAACGGUUGUUAAUGGUGUCUUGAGAAAAACUACUCACGACUUGGAACUCAACGGGUAUUUAAUCCCAAAAGGUUGGAGAAUUUACGUCUACACAAGAGAGAUUAAUUAUGAUACAUCUCUGUAUGAAGAUCCAAUGAUCUUUAACCCAUGGAGAUGGAUGGAAAAAAAAAUGGAAUCAAUGAGCUAUUUCUUACUCUUUGGAGGUGGAGCAAGACAUUGCCCUGGAAAGGAACUAGGAAUUUCUGAAGUCUCGAGCUUCAUUCACUACUUUGUUACGAGAUACAAAUGGGAGGAGAAAGGAGGAGAGAAACUAGUGGUAUUUCCCAGAGUUUCUGCACCAAAAGGAUACCAUCUUAGGGUUUCACCUUACUGACUUUUGUUUGACCUAAUAUUCAAGUUAUGUAUAUAUAAUCAGUUAAGUCUUUUUGUUAGGGUUAAUUAGCCUAUUUUUACCUCUCAAGAGAUGGACUGUGUACAGAGACAGAGAAAGGGAGAAAAAUGGAAUAUAUAGAAAAUAAUACUCUCUCUGUUUUUUAAUAUAAGUCGUUUAGAGAGAUUUU